AGUGUUGGACAACUGUAAUGGCGACCGCGCUUCGAACAUUACAGUGAUGGCGAUUUUGCUCUAACCCACGAAACACUGGCAAAAUAUUAUGUGUGAUUCUGGCACACGUGAUAGCCAUAAAUCGAGAUAGUGAUAGUGUAUGUGAUGUGAUGUGAUGAUUGAGAUCAUCAUGCCGCUGGCGUUGUGUCGGUUUAUCGCGUCUGCUGCGAUCCUCGGUGUCGCCGUCGCGACGACUGCUAGGAACGCGCCGUUGACGCAAGUGGUAGCGGUGGCAGGGGAACCGGUCUACUUACCUUGUGAUGUGGCCACGCAGGACGAAGAUGACGCAGUACUUCUAGUUCUCUGGUACAGAGAAGAUUUAGGCACGCCUAUUUACAGCGUGGAUGCCAGGGAAAAAGACUUCGGUGUAGCAGAGCGAUGGUCAGAUGAGAGCGUAUUCGCGUCAAGAGCAUACUUCUUACCUGAAAGAAGACCAGCAGAGCUCGGUGUUGAUAGAGUUAGAGCAACUGAUCAAGGAAUAUACCGAUGUAGAGUAGACUUCAAACAAGCACAAACAAGAAAUUCUAGAGUGAAUCUCACUGUAAUAGUACCACCGAACAAAAUGGUUAUCACUGAUGACAAAGGCGACACAAAACAAGCAAUUGUUGGACCUUACGUUGAAGGAGACACGUUUACGCUCAAAUGUGACGUUUCUGGAGGUCGACCUAGGCCUUGGGUCAAGUGGUUCAGGAAUGAAUUGGAAACAGACACACCAGUGACGACGUUACAAGGGACCAGUGUUAGAGGUGUACUUCGAGUUGGACCUUUGACUCGAGCCGAUGUCAGAGCAACCCUGACAUGUCGAGCGUCAAACCAUUUAAGAGCACAUCCCAUCGAAACAACUCUGACCUUAGAUAUGAACUUCCCGCCUUUAAACGUUCACAUACUUGGAUCAAAUCAGCCUCUAUCAGCGAGUAGGAGAUAUGAUCUACUCUGCCAAAGCUCUGGGUCACGUCCGCCCGCAUCCAUCACCUGGUGGAAGAAUGGACACAGGAUAAACAACGCUAAAGAAACGUUAUCAACGGACGGCAAUACCACGACAUCAACGGUAUCCAUACAGUUGAAUAAAGCUGAUGCCGGAGCCAAGCUCGCAUGUCGCGCUUCUAAUCCUCAGAUGCCAUCUAUACCAGCUAUGGAAGAUGAUUGGUUAUUAGAUAUUCAGUAUGUUCCAGAGACGGUGGUACGGUUGGGCACUAAUUUAGACCCGAGUAAUAUCAGAGAGGGCUCGGACGUGUACUUCGAUUGCAUCAUCAAAGCACAUCCCUACGUAUAUAAAGUCGAGUGGAGACACAACGGUAAGACCCUCCAUCACAAUGUGGGACAAGGUAUCAUAAUUAGUAAUCAGUCGUUGGUGCUGCAAGGCGUGGGGCGGAAAACAGCCGGUAACUACACCUGCGUCGGUUUCAACGCCGAAGGAGACGGGGAAAGCAAAGCAUUCUCUUUGGACGUAUUAUAUGCACCGACAUGCAGAAGUUCUCAACAAAGGGUGCACGGCGUCGCUAAACAAGAACGAGCUCACAUCACGUGUCAUGUUGACGCAAACCCGCCGGAAGUCAGUUUUCGAUGGACAUUCAACAACACAGCGAACAGUAACGAAGUUAGCGAUACCUACGUUUCAAGAUCCGGCACAAGUUCUACAGUGACUUACACGCCGCACACUGAGAUGGACUACGGAACGCUCCUUUGUUGGGCACACAAUAGAAUUGGAAAACAAAGAGUACCGUGCGUGUACCACAUAAUUGCUGCAGGUCGACCAGAUCAAGUUCACAACUGCACGGUAGUAAAUGCGUCUCUCACUUCUUUUGGGGUUCGUUGUUCUGAAGGUUUUAAUGGAGGAAUGCCGCAAUCGUUCUUAUUAGAAGUUAGAGAAAUUGUUACUCAGGAGAUUGUAGCCAACGUCUCAAGUGCUGUGCCUCGAUUCACGGCAGUUGGUCUCGUACCAGGGCGUACUUAUGCAGCGGCUGUCUUAGCAUACAAUGCUAAAGGCAGAGGUGACCCUUAUCCUUUAAGAGCCAGCACUUUGCGGCCUCCAGAGAAACACCAUGUCCAUGAUAAGAGUCUAGAUUUACCAAGAACAGCCUUCCAAAUGUCAGGAGCGAUGUCAGCCGCGGUUGGAGGUGGUGGUGUUUUAAUGGUCGUACUGGUGUUAUUCAUGAUUGCUGUCAGACAAAGAUGUGCGAAAAGGAAGCCAAGAUCAGCUCCACCACCGUCACAGCCAGCGUCCCCGGAUAAACUACGAGAAAAAGACGACAGCGAAAGCGAUGACAGAAACCCUGAUAUAAUACCAUCAGACACUGACCAUAAUAUGCAGAUGGAUUACUACCGACAGCAACAAGUAUCGACAAUCUCUCCGCCCAGCAGCAGGGCGCGAGGUAGUAUCGCGGGUGUGCGUGGAGGUCUGCCCGCAUACUGCGCGCUCCGCACUGCGCCGCCCUCUGAGUCUACACCACCAUCGGGUAUACCACCGCCUGCGGGUUUCGCGAGUGGUUCCUGCACGCUGCCCCGUAACGCGGGCACCGCUAACGAGCGCUGCAUCCCGAUGCAGCACCUGCGCACCUUGCCCCGUGCGCACCCCCACCCCCACCCGCACCCGCACGUGCAUGCGCACGGGCACCCUCACCCGCCGCGCGAUACGCCGCUCUGACAGACCACGCAGCUCUAGGACAUGUAAAUAAUGCUCAAUUUUAACGGACUAAGGUGAGUGGUUUCGGCUCUUUCAGUUAACAUUUCGCGUACGGUUAAAUAAUUGUUUG